CCCCAAUUUUUUGUCGUCACUUCCUGUUUGUCUCGGAGUAAAGAAAUCGUCGAUCAUCAUCGUUAGAAUCAAUGACAACGAAUUCCCAAAAUGGUUUCAUGACAAUUAGGUAUUAGUUGGGCGCAUUUUUAUACAAUGACUCAGUGACAGUCAAGAGGAGGAGGUUAUGGCCAAUGCCUGUAAGCCAGGUCCAGCAUUCCAAUGCUAAGAGGAUAAGGUUGGAGGACAGGAUGGCAGAGGACAACCAAGAAAGUCCUGCCAAUGGGGUGUACCGGGUCGAGGAACGCCCGGAGCAUGGCAUGAAGAUCCUACAGGGACUUAACAAACUGAAGAAUGAUAAGAUCCUCUGUGAUGUGACCCUCAUUGCAGAAGGUCAUCGAUUCGAGGCUCAUCGAGUAAUCCUAGUGUCCUGCUCUGAUUAUUUCCGAUCCAUGUUUACAAGUGGCAUGAGGGAGAGCAACCAGCGAGAGAUUGAGCUCAAGGGAAUCACCUGCAAGGGACUGGAGAAAACACUGGAAAUCAUAUACACCUCUACCACUACUCUGGAGGGGGAUGACAUCUUUGAUGUAAUUGCUGCAGCAACUCACCUUCAAGUCACGCCCGUUAUUGAAUUCUGCGAGAGAAAUUUUUUAAGCGGAAUGAAUGUUAAUAAUUUCUAUGAUUUCAUCAACACGGCCAAAUUGUACAGUAUGACAAAUGCUCUAAAACAGAUCGAUGUUUUCAUUGCGAGAAACCUGCGGGAGAUCUCCAAAGAAGGAACACUGCAUCUUUUAACCUAUGACCAGAUGGUGAACUGUCUUCACAGCGACAGACUUUGCCUGAAGGAGAUAGAAAUAUUCCAUAUAACAUGGGAGUGGUAUAGACUCAAUAGCACUCAGGAUGAGCAGGCCAAUCGUUUAAUGAGUCUCAUCAGAUUCCCAUUAAUUAAUCCCACUGACCUUGUACAGCAUGUACAGGCAGUGGAAAAGAUGAUGGAGAAACCUGAACUAAGGCAAAUGGUGCUAGCUGCACUGAACUACCAUGUUGUGCCCCAUUCCCAGCCUCUUGAUAACUCCAUUAAUACACAGCUCCGAUGCUUCAUGGAGAGACUUGCUAGUGUUGGAGGGAGAGAAAUUCACCCAAAUCCCUGCCUACAUGAUGAAAUAUUUGUAUUUGAUUCCAAAAUCACUUCAAACAGUCUUUUGAACAGAUCAGAAAUUGCUUCCUUGCCCAGUGCAUUAAGCCACAUGCAGGUUGUCGUGUACAAUAACUUUCUUUAUGUACUUGGUGGGUGCACCACCCAGUGUGCGCAUGGUGAAUCUGCUGUGAAUUCAGUCAUGCGAUAUGAUCCCAGAUUUGAUAGCUGGUUCCAAGUGAGCCCCAUGUUACAUAAAAGAGCAUACUUCUUUGCAGGUGCAUUGAAUAAUCGUAUAUAUGCUGUAGGAGGAAAAUUCAAAGAUGGCAGUUUGGCCACAGCCGAAGCCUACAACCCUGCAGAUAACACAUGGGAGUUGAUAGCUUCCAUGCCGAUGUCUUACCACGCUCAUGCUGGAGCAGUGUAUGGAGAUCAUAUAUACGUGUCGGGCGGUUAUAGUGGUAACCACUUCACUCCAGAUAUGCAACGGUAUGAUCCAUCCAACAACCAAUGGGAGGACAUGGCAGCCAUGUUGACUCCUCGAGGCUGGCAUGUUAUGUGUGCUGCUCAUGAUAAAUUGUAUGUGUUUGGAGGCUGCAACUUGAAUGUGAACCAGCAGGCACAACCUGUUAUGCAGUCUGAGUGCUAUGAUCCAAGCACUGAUCAGUGGACAAUUAUCAACCCUUUAUCCAUUUCCCACAAGGAGGCCUCUUGUGUUGUGUACAAUGACCAGAUCUAUGUGUUGGGUGGGUACAAUGUUCAGACUAAGACAGGGCAAAAGUUGGUCUCUCGUUAUGAUAUUUACACGGGGAUUUGGGAGACAGUGGGAGCGCUUCCGAGAAGUCUGACAGGGGUGGGAUACUGCACCUUGAAAUUGCCCGAUUAUCUUGGUAGUGAUAAAGAUUAAACGGUUAUCUUUCAUCCAUUACAUGAAUUCUAUAUUACUAGUAUCAGACUGUGUGAAUUUGUUUUAGUUGAAUUAAACAAUUGGAGAAGAAUGUGAUCUUGUACAUGUUAAUACAAGAAAUUGUGGUAGACCUAUUUAAGAAAUGUUUGUGAAAGAAAUGUGAAGCAAUUGUGUAAGCUUGUUAAGCAGUCUGUAGAACAUUUUUUCACCUUUUCAUAAUUAAUUUUUUUUUAUUUUGUAAUUUUCAUGUAGCUUAUGAUUUGAUGUGAAUGAAUGCAACUACUGUACAUUCAUAUUGAAUGCAUGCAUUAAGUAGUCCAUCAUGAGCAUGAUUUUUACAUGUAUAAAGAACAUUUUAGGAUUUUUGCAUUUUGCAUGGAUAAAGGUCAUAGAAGAGAUAAAUUCAAUUUCAUAUAUGUUAAUGAGUACUUAAUUAAGAUGCAAUUUGCAUGUUUUCAUGCAAAAUACCCGUUGUGCAUUUUAUGAUUCUAUGUAAUGUGGUACUUCCCUUUUUAUAUACACAAUUUACUGGUACAUGUGUACUAUGAUUUAGGGGGUUUUACUCACACUUUUACGUACUCAUCGUACUGUGUUACACCGAUGCUUAUGCACGUAAUUUAUAGGUAACACAAAAAAAUUUUUUUUUUAAAGAGAAUUGAUUACAAUUUUUCCAAAUCAAAUCGAUAAGUAUAUAACAUUCUUGAAAGUUGUAUUUCGGUGUGGUUUAGUCUCCAAAUGUUAUUUGUAACUUGUGAAAAAAAAGAAUUUCUUAUUAUAAGAUAUCAAUAUAAUAGUGCUGUUAUAAACUUUAUCAGUCACAUUCAAAUUGGAAUCAAAAUUACAUUUUCUGGAAAACAGAUUCUGAAAGUAAUCUAGCAAUUUUGUCAUCUUAUGGUCCAUAAUGGAAAUGAUAAAUUUUAACACUAGAAUAAAAUAAAAGCCUCAAAUCAAACCGCUAUUUAGGCCAUGGAAUCUUUACUGAUAGAGACUCUGAGUGAAUGAUUGAUCAUUUCAUAAAAUUUAUAGAUAUCAUUUAUAAAAAAACAUGAAUUUUAUGAUUUUACCUAGAUAUACCUGAGUGUAUUUCUUGCAAGUGUAACAGUAGUAGUUUUGUUUUAACCUGAGGAAUUUUGCAAGAGUAAAGUAAUGUUUUGUUAUGGUAUGUCUUUUAUGAUGAGAUACUGUGAAACAAAUAAUGUUGCUAUUAGUGUUUGACAGCUAAAUGACAAACCAUGUGAUUUGUUAUUUAAGAGAUUUUGUUGACAUGCAUAAAUUCAGUCAACUUUCAAUAAAGUUUUAAAAAGCU